CCAAUAAACUCCUCUCUUAUCUCCUUCACAUCUCUUCUCUCGUUACUCCACUCCACCACAACUCCAGCACCUGCUAUCUGAUCAUCUUCUCUCUUCUCUAAUGGCGGAACAACGACCAGGUCGCCGGAAUUCGAACUCACAGCUGCUCCAAGAGCUCGACGCUCUGAGUCAGACCCUCUACCAAUCCCAUACGGCUCGCCGGACUGCCUCCCUCGCUCUCCCCCGUUCCGCUGCUCCGACCGUCAACCCGUUUCCAGCUGCAUCCGACAGACCGGUCCCUGCUGCUGCCGAUGUCCCGGUCGUCUCCAACCAACGCCCUCGCUCUCGCCGCAUGUCGAUGUCCCCAUUCCGUUCCCGCACAAAAUCACGUGACGCGUCAGAGGAUGAUGACGGUGAUCGUCGCCUCUCCAAGAACGGUCUGCCAGUCGCCUUCGCGGCCACGAAUGAAGAGAAGAAGGGGAUAUGGAAGCCACUACGGGCACUGGCGCGCAUCGGUAUGCAACGCAUGGGCUGCCUUUUCUCCGUCGAAGUGGUCGCGAUCCAAGGCCUACCGGCGUCCAUGAAUGGUCUCCGUCUAUCUGUGACCGUUCGCAAGAAGGGGACCAAGGAGGGCGCUGUGCAGACCAUGCCAGCGAGAGUCCUCCAGGGAUCGGCCGACUUCGAGGAGACCCUCUUCGUGAGGUGCCAUGUGUACUGCUCAGGCAAGCCCCCCAAGUUUGAGCCCCACCCUUUUCUGAUCUCAGCUGUGGCCAUCGAUGCACCCGAGCUUGACUUUGGUCGGAGCUCAGUUGAUCUGAGCUCGAUGGUAAAGGAGUCGAUGGAGAGGAACUCGGAAGGGGUGAGAAUCCGGCAAUGGGAUGCUGCAUUUCCGCUCGCCGGGAAGGCGAAAGGAGGGGAAAUGGUUGUGAAGCUAGGAUUUCAGAUUAUGGAGGAUGGUGGUGUUGAGAUUUAUAAGCAAGGAGAAGGGGCUCGUCCAUCGAAGAACCGAGCCGGAGAUUCUCCUUCGUCAUCAUCAUUUGCUCGACGACAGUCGAAGUCUUCUUUCAGCGUCUCGAGUCCGAAGAUUACUCGAUCGGAGCCGUCACGGACACCUAUCAAGGAGUCAGCGAGCAUGGAUUUGAGGGGAAUUGAUGACUUCAAUCUCGACGAGCCUGGCCCUUCUCCUCCCCCUACAGUGAGCUCUACAUCGAUUCAGAAGCUCGAACCGGAGCAGAAGCAAGAAGAUCUCGACCUUCCCUUGUUCGAAGUCAUCGACAAAGGGGUCGAGGUACAAGAACAAAAGAAGGAAGAAGAAGAGGUAGAAGCCAAGUCGGAGUCAGCCAUCGACGAAGCUUCAGUCUCGAGCGAGGUCGUGAAGGAAGUCGUGCAUGACAGCGCACACAUGACCAGACUGACUGAGCUCGAUGCCAUUGCUAAGCAGAUCAAGGCUCUCGAGUCAAUGAUGGCCGUCGACGCGACUAUUGAUUCUUCUAUCAAGACGGAUCAAGAAGAUGGUAACAAGCAACUUGAUGCCGAGGAAGAAACUGUGACGAGAGAGUUCCUUCAGAUGCUCGAGUUGGAGGGCGGCAAAAGGCUAGGUUUUGACUCGUCUGAUCUUGCAACGCCCAUGAGGCCAGAAGCCGGUGAUGGAGAAGACAGUGAAGCGAAAUGUUUUCUUUCGGACUUAGGAAAGGGGCUUGGCGCCGUGGUUCAGACCCGAGACGGAGGCUACUUGACGGCGAUGAAUCCCUUCGACACCAAAGUAUCACGGAAAGAGACUCCGAAGCUUGCAAUGCAAGUAUCAAGACCGUUUAUCAUCAAUGAUCAGAAGCUCGGGAGCGGGAUUGAAGUGUUUCAGAAGCUCGCGGCAGUAGGAACGGAAGGUCUGAGCUCGAAACUAGACUCACUGACGGCCAUGGACGAACUUAUGGGCAAGACAGCCGAGCAAAUAGCAUUCGAAGGGAUCGCAUCGGCGAUCAUCUCCGGGCGGAGCACGGGAGGUGCGAGCUCUAGUGCAGCGAAAUCAGUCACGGCCCUAAAGAUUAUGUCAUCCGCGAUGAGCCACGGAAGAAAGGAAAGGAUAUCAACCGGAAUCUGGAACGUGAAGGAGGAGCCGUUGGGGGUGGAGGAUAUCCUUCCCUUCUCACUGCAGAAGAUCGAGGCAAUGGCAAUCGAGGCGCUGAAGAUCCAAGCAGAGGUGACCGACGAAGAGCCACCCUUUGACGUAUCUCCUCUCGUUGGAACCUCUACCCCAUUGGACUCUGCAAUGUCGCUUGAUGAAUGGGUGAAAUCCUCUGAUAACAACGCUUCCGCAGUCACAAUGCUGGUUGUGGCUCAGCUGCGGACCCGUCUACGGCGGUACGAGACGGUAGGAGCGCCAGUGAUUGUGGUGGUGCAGCGCAGAGCGGCUGAGGACGGAGGCGGCGACGACCGGUUCAAGGUGGCGAGCUUCACCGGAGGGAUGAAGAUGAGGACGGCUGCAGGAGGGAGGAGGAGCGGGUGGGACGCGGAGGGGGGAGGCUUGACGGCGAUGCAGUGGGUGGUGGCGUACGGGAUAGGGGAGAGCGGGUAGGAGGAGGAAGACACGGGCCAUGAAGGCGAAGGAGAAGCCGGCAGCGGUGUGAGCGUGUCGUCGAGAGUAAUGGCCGAUAUGUGGUUGAAGCCGAUGAGGAACCCGGAUGUGAAGUUGCCGGAGAAGUUGUAGAGGUGAUUGAUGCCUUGUGAGGUUAUUAUGUACUGUAUUUAGUACUUGUUUCUUGUGUGAAUCAUUGUUAGUAUCUUCAGAUUCACGAUGAAGGGGGUGAUACAAUCAUAUGAGAAUCGAGGAUACUGUUGAAACUACGUAUAAGAAUAAGAAAGGUUGGAGGGUUCAAUUCUAGUAAA